AUGGCCAACACUUACUUCCAAUGCAGCAUCUGCGAUUGUGGAUAUUACGACCUCUCCGAGGGCUGCGUUCGAUCUAUUCAAGGUCGCAAGGUUAUCAAUAGCACGACUGAGUGCAUUCAGCUGACGAAGGCAAAGGCGGUGGCUUUUCCUCGCAAGAUAGAGGUAAACGCUCAGCAGCAGAUACCAGGUGCCUUUGGCGAUGAGACGAAGACGCUUGCUAAGGACUUCCAUGUCCUUUCUCGCACUUGCAGUAGCUGUAUCGAGAUUCUGCCAGAGCCCGGUUGCAGCCUUCGGUAUGUCGGCGUCGACAACAUCCUCAACGUGGACGACAGUCACCUAACUUCAAUGACCGCAAUUUCCGAUGUUACCAAGGGCAAUGUGGUCGGCUGUGUGGUUGCCGUUGGCAAAGCAGUCGCCUUCAAGGUCGUACCAAAGGUUCCAAAGCGUGAGGGUAAGAGGAGCAGCUACUUGUGCCUGACGGCUGCCGGUGGCGCACCGUUCGGCCAUCGCUUGUAA